AACUCCUUGAUCCUAGCUGUUCUUCGGAAAGAGUCUUCUCUUCAUCCCCCGUCUAAAAUUAUGUUUCGGAACCUAGCCAUAGCCGACUUCUGUGCUGGUAUCAUUGCAGAACCUGUCAUUGCAAUUUGCUGGUUGUCUGUGGUGAAUAAACGUUGGGAUAUUUGUCGCUUCGCAUUGAUUGCAACUCAUAUCACAGGCUAUAUCUUAGGCUCGACAUCUUUGUUUACUUUGACUACCAUAAGUGUGGACAGGCUUCUCGCACUGUUGCUGGGGCUAAAGUACCGACAAGUUGUAACUUUGAAGAGGACCGGUCUAACGAUAGCAGUUUCUUGGGCUGUUUCUAUUGUUAGUACGACCUUUUACUUUUGGAAUUAUGUAAUAACCUCUUGGAUCUCUUCCGUAGCUAUUUCACUGUGUCUUUGCACUUCAUUUUUCUCGUAUUCCAAAAUUUUUCUUACCCUGCGCCAUCACCGAGUAAGAGCACAAGAUCACGUCAAUCAGCAACAACAGAGUCAAGCAAUUCCUAUGAACAUAGUACGCUACAAGAAGGCAGUG